AUGUGCAAACAAGUUUUUUUGAUUAACUCUGAAGACCAUAACGACAAAGAACAAGUAAAUCUAAAUAUAGCUGCUACUACUGGAAUUGUGGCUUCCGGUAUCGGCUUCUCUCAAUUUGAAGAAUUAUGUUCAGCUAUGGAUAUUCCAGUUUUCAGUUCAAAAUACUAUUCGAAAUUAGAGGAUGAAGUAUUUGAAAAAUGGAAAAAGACGGCAAGUGUUUCCAUGGAAGCUGCAGCUCAAAUGGAGAAGGAUAUCGCUAUCGCAGAAGGUCGAACUAAGAACAGCAUUCCUGAAUUGGAAUCUGAACGUACUGUAUCCGAUAUACUUGAGAAGACCACUAUGAAAGAAGCUGUUUUCUCAUUGGCUGAAAGUUGGAAUCAGUUGAAUGCGAACCUAAUAAACAAAUCUUGGUUACCCUUGUGGCCUCAAUUAAACGUCGAAAAACAUACAGACGAUGACUUUGAACCCGAAGAUGAGGUUCCCUUAGCUUUUUUCGUUAAUAGAGGCUUUUCUGAGGCUGCAAUUAAUGACUUCUUACUAGGCAAUGAUGACCUUAAUGAAACUGAACCUCUUACUGAUGAUGAAAUAAUAAGGCAAGUAACGCAGGAAUGUGACGGCGAAAGUGAAGAAAUAUCGCACGUUGAACCAGUAGCAAGCGUUUCCAAUUCAAGCGCGGUGUCUGCCUUAAAUACAUGUCUUGAAUGGGCUGACCAAGUGGACAUUCCUUUGCCAGAAAAAAUGCUUUUACGUAAAUUGCGCGAUAAAGCUUUUUAUUUGUCAUUAAAUACCUCCCGACAAACUAAAAUAUUGGAUUUCUUUAAAAAAGUUUAA